AUGUGUCCAAAUCUAAACAGUCUUAUUGCUUCAAAAUUGGAGUUCACCAACAUCGAGUGCGUUGCCGAGGAUACACUCUUUUGCGCGAUUGAAUACUGCUACAUAAAACCCAUAAAUCGAACUUAUAAAUACAUUUCCUUUAAAGCGAAAUUAUUCAAAACUCCAGUGACCAAAAUAAAGCUAAACUUUGCGCUGUACAAAAGGUUGAACGGUUACCUGCCGUUCCUUUACAAUAUAACAUUGGAUUCGUGUCGUUUUCUGAAUAACACCAGUUCCCAGCCGAUUGCUAAGUUCUUUUAUGAACUUUUAAGGUCCCACUCCAACAUGAAUCAUUCGUGCCCCUACAACCACGAUCUUAUCCUUGAUAAGUUAUCCGCCGGCUUUUUGAAUUUCCAAUUUACUGAAGUUCUGCCUUUUCCUGAAGGAAAAUAUAUGUUGAAAACUCGUUGGUACGCCUACGAUAUUUUGCGAGCUAGCAUAAAUUUUUAUGGAACUAUUUCUUGA